CAUCCGAUUGUCAAAUUGGACAAAAGUACAAUAGCGUGCAACAUCACAUUGCAGUUUUUUAUAUUUUGUAACAUGCAACCUUGGGUAAGGAAAACAAAGCACAGCUGACUCAACCCAAGGUUCUUAAGUCACAGCCGGUAAAAUCAACACAAAUAUGGGACAUGCAGUAUAUAGUAAACACUGUAAAUGAUUACAAAAACCGUGAAAAAGGAUUUAGGGUAUUGUAACAGUGGGUGGGUACAGAAAAUUGCCACCUCACUUUAAUUCGCACAUGGCCAAUUCAAAAGGUAUCGCGUGUGCAGCUUUGAAAAAUCGACACAGUGGAUAGCAAAAUCAAAAUUUAUUGUGUACAAUAGUGCCUUUUUAGCCAAGUGCACAUUUACGAAUAACAAAUUUAACGCACAACUUAUACAACAGUUAUGUUACAAAAUAAAAAAAAAACUAACUUGCAAUUGCCAAUAGUCGACUAUUAAUUGCAUGACGAAAAAUAUAACAGCAGGAAAAGCUUUGGUCCGUCCACAAAAAAUAAAAUAUUCGAUUUCCUUCUACGUUAAAGAUCAGCCUGCUCCGCACCGCACUUGAAUUCCGUAACUUUAUUUUUUGCUCAAACUGCAAAUGCACUGCCAUAUAAUGGUGUAUGUACGCAUUGUGCUUACAACGCUAUUGACCAUCACCUGCCUUUUGGGAGAUAAUUUCGUCGAACUAACACAACAUCCACUACUGAAGGCCUUAGCCGAUAAUGCCACACACGCUAUAAUUGGCGCAUUAACAGGAAUCGCGUUCGCUGUGCAAUUUCACGAGCGCACAAGUAAUUUACUUGGAUGGUUUUUGAUAUUCACCUGCUUCGCAGUAUCAUCUUUGAUUGAUUUAGAUCACUUUAUAGAAGCGCGUUCAUGGUAUUUGGAGGAUGCCACUAAUUUACCCCGUCGCCCCUUUUUACACUGCUCAACCAUAUUUUUUGUACUGCUUACUUUCUACCUAUGCACCGCAUGUUUAAACUAUUUUAAGACAUCUCUAACUUUUGGAGUAUUGCUCUGUGCCUUCAUCACACACCACACGCGCGACGCUGUGCGUAGGGGUUACUGGUUUUGCCCAAUUGGUCAUACCGGUCGGAUACCGAAUGUUGCCUAUAUUGUACUCACAAUUUUAACACCACAUUUGGUAGCAUAUUUACAUGGCGUUUGCCGUAGUGGACCAGUACAAUACUUCCUUGGGCAGUACAUUAAGUUGAGUGAUAAUUACCGAAUCGGAAGCGGCGGUUACCGUUAUAUGAAUGUAUGAAUUUUUAUAAUAAUUAACAUUUAAUUUUAAAAUUUGUUGAGUAGUCAUACCAAUAUACAUACACAUGUAGUGAUGUAAAAUAAACGUAAUGUUCAAAAGGAACUAAUACGAGGUGAUAGCACAACGCAAUUAAGCUUAGCUUAUAUAUUAUACUAACUUAACUAGUAGCAAUAAUUUAUUAUAUAUUAGAAUUUCUUAAACUAAAUAACGACUUAUUAAAUUUCAAUCAAGCAAAAUUGGAAAACAGUAGCACCUAGAAAUAUAGCGUUUAAAUAUAAACGUUUUCCAGAAAAGUAUCCAGUACAGAGUUAUAUAGUACCUAUCAUUUAAUGAUGCGCUCAUCUUCCAGUCAAUGAUACUUGACAAAAAUAUUUAAUAAUACUAAAUAAAUAAAUAUUGUACUUGUACCAUGUACUACAUGUAAAACGUAUUUACGACAUAUACAUAGUUAUAUUUAUGGAAGUAAUGAAGUAUCCAGAUGGGGCUCCUAGAGCUAGAUAAUGAUUACUUUUGCAUUAGAACAAUUACGAUUACGUAAGUAAUAUCCAUGACAUUGUGAUAUUUUAAUCAUUACGAAAUACAAAAAUACAUAUGUACGUACAUUAAAUUUUAAACAAUAUAUUAAAAAUAUAAUAAAAAUUAAAGAAAUUCAGAAUAUCACAUAGCGUUGUUUUCCACGUCUACAAUAUUAUUAUAAUAAACGGAUAGACCGAAUCUUUCACUGAUACAAAGUCUGAAAGUCAAAACAUUCAAAUCAAUUUCGCAAAUAUCAAAUGUUUAAUAUCUUAUGCAUAACUUUCUCGUACCUACCAAAGGUAUUUACUUACAUAUGUUAGUAUGUAGUUAAUUUUAGAAUCUUUGUACAUACAUACAUAUUUAAUACGUAUGUUUUAAUCUAAAAUUUCCAGCUUUCCUCAAUAUUUAAUUUAAUAUUGUAUUAUUACUACAGGGUCUGUAAUGUAUACUGUACUGCUCUUUAAAAAUUAAAAUUUUUAUUUAUGUAGCAAAAAAAUUCACUAUAAAACUUAAUGCUUGCCUUUAAUAAUAAAUAAAAUGCUGAACU